AUGACGCGGCGUUCCGUUGAUCUGGCGACCGAGCUCGGCGAAUCUUUCUAUCUUCCACCAUGUGGUUUGAGUCUUGACAUCCUUGGUACAUUGAAAAACUCGGCCGGUCUACAGCUGCACCCUCGGCAUACAACACCACGACAAGAUGGGGCGCUGCUCAACAUAGUGUCAACUGGCUACGUUGCUUGUGGUGGCCACUCAGGCGACGCUGUGGUCAUGGCACAAACCAUUCACGAGUUGGUCGCCAUGGGCAAAGCAAUAGGGGCGCACCCGUCUUAUCCAGAUAUUUUCGGAUUCGGUCAGGUAACACCAAGCAAUCUCGACAAUGACCAACUGUUUUCUGUGCUCGUAUCCCAAUUGGGGAGUGUCUGCGCUUUGGCAAAGGCUGCGGGGACUCAGAUCCAGGCCGUGAAAUGCCACGGCGCGCUCGCAUUCGAUGUUGCCUACAAACCAGAAGUGACCAUUACAAUGGCUCGCGCCAUGCUUCAAGUGGACAGUAGCAUGGCCCUCGUCAUCUUUGCGGGAAGUAAGGGGAUUGAGGCUGCCUGCGGAUGCGGCAUUCGCGUGAUCCGAGAAGCCUAUGUAGAUAGGCGGUAUGAUAUCAAUGGCAGAAUCCUCAACCGCAAGCUGCCUGGCGCCCUGAUCGUGGAUGCUAAAGAAGCCGUGGAGCAAGCAAUAUCCAUUAUUCUACGCGGCCGUGUUCUUGCGGAGGAUGGCGAGUGGAUUGAUCUUGCUGCAGAUUCUCUAUGCCUUCAUGCAGACACCCCCGGCUCAAGAACGAUUGCCGAGAAACUACAAGUCGCAUUAAGUGAGGCUUGUAUUGUCGUCAAAGCUGCUUAG